UUAACCGCAGUAAGACAGCUAUACUGUGGCAGACUAUCCUAGGCUACUGGUUGUCAUAGUUUUACCCACAAAGAGUGUACUGUCUACCUUACCUAACACCUUCUCAUUUUGUGUUUGUCCAGCCCUUCACCUCUGUGAACCUGGUGCCCCAUGUCGGGUUGAUAUGGCCUUCUGUGUCCCCGAGAAAUUAUGAAAAGCUUUGGCAUCCUUGUCAGUCUUACUCACGUGGUGGAAUCGCAAUAUCAGGCUUUGGUGUCUUCCGAUGUUAACCUCAAAUCCACACAUCGCCCAGGAGACCAGAGUGGUGCUGGUGCAGGGGUUCUUCUCUGCCAAUGGGUGCUGCUCCUUUCUCAGAAUGUGUGUGUGUGAGUGUGCUUUGCAGGGAGUCCUGUUCCCUGACUCAUGAAUAAAAUACCAUGCUGAAGCCAGGCAAAUUUACCCAGGGAGACGUGAACACACACACACAGGACCUACUGUAUCUCCACAGGACCACUCCAGCUCUCACCCACACUGGACCCGCUCGGAAUCAGAACCGGUCAGAACCAGCCUGGUCCACCUGGAGCCGGAGCCCCAGCGGACUUGUGGAGGAGAGGGGGGGCACUGGACUGGCCGAGCCCCAGAGAUGUGUGUGUGUGUGUGUGGGGCAGGCCAGGAGGACGCUGGGCUGAGGUGGCGGCGGCCGGUGGAUGAGUGGACCCGCGGGGUGUGUGUGUGUGUGGACACCGGCCAUGGAGCUGCCGCGUCGGCUGCACUGGAUCCGGAAUCGACCGUGGAGGACGCGAGUCCACAGGAGGGAGUUCAACAGAGUGUCGUCCCGUUUCCCGGAGAUCAUGGCUGCGGGGACACACUCGCCCGGAGGCCCUAACGGCAUCAUCCGCAGCCAAUCAUUCGCCGGCUUCAGCACCCUGCAGGAGAGACGCUCGCGGUGUAACUCGUUCAUGGGGAACUCCGUGGUCCAGAGGAAGGCCCAGUCCAAAGCCAAGAGGCCCCAUCUGUCCAAGUCCAGCAGUGGCAGCAGCUCCAGAGAACCACAACCCAAACGCCUGGAGGAGGUGUACUGCACACUCAAACAGGGCCUAGAUGAGUACCUGGAGGUGCACCAGUCAGAGCUGGACAAGCUCACCUCCCUCAUGAAGGACAUGAAGAGGAACUCCAGACUGGGGGUGCUGUAUGAUCUCGACAAGCAAAUCAAAACUAUUGAGCGGUACAUGCGCCGCCUGGAGUUCCACAUUAGCAAGGUGGAUGAGUUGUUUGAGGGGUUCUGCAUCCAGCGGCGUCUGCGUGACGGAGCCAGUAAGAUGAAGCAGGCCUUUAGCUCCUCCCCCUCCAGCAAGAGCACCCGGGAGAGCCUCACUGAGGUCAACCGCCGAUACAAAGAGUACACAGAGAACAUGUGCACGUUUGAGGGGGAACUAGAGAACCUACUGGGAGAGUUUCACAUCAAGAUGAGAGGUCUGGCCGGCUUUGCCCGUCUGUGUCCAGGGGAUCAGUAUGAGAUCUUCAUGCGGUACGGUCGGCAGCGGUGGAAGCUGAAGGGGCGCAUCGAGGCCAACUCUCGUCAGAGCUGGGAUGGCGAGGAGAUGAUCUUCAUGCCCCUCAUCACCGACCUCAUCUCUAUCAAGGUGACGGAGCUGAAGGGCCUGGCGACCCAUGUUCUGGUGGGCAGUGUGAUCUGCGAGACCAAGGACCUCUUCACCGCCAUGCCCCAGGUGGUGGCCGUGGACGUCAAUGACCUGGGCACUAUCAAGCUCAACCUGGAGGUCACCUGGUACCCGUUCGACGUGGAGGACCUGACGCUGUCCACAGGGAAUGUCAACAAGGCUACAGCUCUGCAGAGACGCAUGUCCGUCUACAGCCAGGGCACCCCAGAGACGCCCACCUUCCAGGACACCUCCUUCUUCUCCACGCUGCCAGAUGACGUCUUUGAAAAUGGUGGCUGUGGAGGCGAGUGCAAGCGCCUGUCCUUCACCUUCACGGACACGCCCAUCUCUAGCCCCGACCCCAACCCCAGCCAAUCAAACCCCGAGAUCACGGUCACGCCCCCUGAGACAGACGCCCCCCCUCCCCUCCCUCUGGAGGAAGAGGAGGAGGAAGAAGAGGAGGAGGAGGAAGAGGAGGAGGAGGAGGUGGAAGAGGAGGAGGAGGAGGAAGAGGAGAAGGAGGAAGAGGAGUCGUCGAGCGUGAGUGUGAGCGUGAGCGUGAGCGCCAGCGAGGUGGACUGGGAGUGGGAACACGGCACGGGCAGCAGCUGUGGUCACCAGCGUUCCGCUGCCCCCUCCCUCUGCUCCGACUCCCAGCUGUCCACCGUCGGCCCCGAGGACGUGCUCUUCCUGGACCCAGGCGUCCCCGACGUCCCCGACAUUCCCGGCGUUCCGGACGAGGCGUCGGAGGAGCUGAAGCCGGUGGAGCUGGACGCUGAGGGGGGCAGCCUGACACGGCAGCUGGUGAGGAGACUCACGUCGUCAGACGUUCUGCCCCGCGUCCUUCCCCACGUUCUGCCCGAGGCCGAGGCGGCGCCCGUGAGAACCCAGAGCUGGACAGGAGAGGGAGAGGGAGCGGGCGGCGCGGGGCAGAGGCUGGCGUCGGAGGGGGCAGAGGCCCAGAGCUGGGCAGGGGAGGGCAGCAGAGCGUUCCUGGAGAGCAGUCUGGACGAGGCCAUCCAGAGCCUGCUGCUGCGCCUAGAGGACAUUCCCCAGCGCUGCCGAGAACUGCAGGACCUGGAACAGGAAGUGAUGCGGCUGGAGGACCUGCUCAAGUCACUUCGCCUGCCCAGCGAAGCCGCUCGUCCAAAUCUUAGUCUGGAUUCGGGUGGAGGAGCGCUGGAGAGCUUUGACUUCCUCAACACCUCCGACUUCGACGACGACGACACGGGGGAUGACCCCAGCACCCUGCCACGCACCGCCCUCUACCACAUGGAGGCCGACAGGAUCGGGCGUGGGCAGCACCCCGAGGCUCGUGGGCACCUGAGCGAAGCCCUGACAGAGGACACGGGUGUGGGCAACAGUGUGGCCGGCAGCCCCCUGCCCCUGACCACCGGCAACGAGAACCUGGACGUGGCCAUCGUCAUCCACCUGCAGUAUUGCAACCACCUGGUGCAGCUCCUGUCUGGCGGUGGGUGUGUGAGUGUGUGUCAGCGGAAGUCUCACCUACGGAAGCUCUCCGCUCAGACUCACCUGCUGGAGGACCUUAGUGACCUCAGCACCGAGCGACUGGCCAACGUCAGCACAGCAGUGGACGUGUUGCCAGGCCUGGCGGAUAAGCCCGCUCUGCUGUCCCUGUGGUCGGAGUGUAGUGGGGGUCUGUUCCACACCACACUGGACCGAGUGCUUACACACCUCCAUCGCUGCCUCACACACACCCUGCCGGACACACUACCCCUCAGCCCAGACACCGUGAUCCGGCUGGUGGUGAGUGAGAUGGUGGACCGCAGUGAGCUGGCGUCUCCAGCGGCUGGUUCCGCGUCUGCUCUGGCCCAGGACGUUCUCACGGUGUUCCAGUUCCACCGCUACGCCACAGAGAACCGAGUGGGCGACAUGCAGGAACACCUGCAGCAGCUGGCCGCAGAAGUGGUGUUAGCAGAGACUCUGGGCUCAGGGGACAGCGAGAGGUCACUGCAGGAGCUGGAGAAGGUGUGUGUGUCCUCGCUGCGUCCCCGUGUGUCCACCCUGGCCGCUGUCGCUGCACUCCUGACCUCAGAGGACACACACCUCAGCAAGGCCGCCAUGUCCUUCCUCACCUCCGCCGCCGCACACACACUCUUCAGGUCAAAGGCUGUAGAGUGGUACACACAGGCGCUCUCUGAGGUCGGAGUUCACACACAGAGAGCAGCUUGUGCUGCCCUCAGCUGUCUACAGGCGACGGAGAGCAUCGGUGCCAUGGUGACCCUGUGCCACUCCGCCGAUGAAGAGCUCCGCCACCUCGCCAUCGAAACGCUUCUGACCUUUGGUGAGGAGGGGCGCCUGGCGUAUGAGCAGCUGGACAUGGUGUCCAGGGAGAUGGUCCGACUGGGCACGCGCCGAAGCACCGCCGUCACCACAGCCUUCUGAGGUCGCCAUGGGAAACGGCCGCCGUGGAAACCACCACUAUGGGGGCGGGCAUCAUGAAAUCUGCCCCCCCACCCAAUACUCCUCAGCCUUGAGCAUGAAUCAACACACACACACACUUACACAUACAGACAUGCACACACGCACACACACACACACCCCAAACCCCACACAAUACUCGAGCCUCGAGCAUGACUAAACACACUCACACACACUUACACAUACAGACACUCACCCACACAAGUAUGCACACAUUCUGUCUUGCUUACACAAACACACACACACACACACACACAUUCAGAUACAUACACAUAUGUGCUCUCUCACAAACACAAAACAUACACACAUGCAACCCAAGGGCCCAAGAAGAGGUUCUGUUGAGGGCCCGAGAAGAGGUUCCUCCUCUGGAGUUCUAGACUGUUUGGAUCAGAACCUCUGUGUCUAGAACACAAUGAAGCCAUCUUACUUCUGUGCAAUUAACAUGAUUAUUACGCGUUAAUCAUUGGCGUCCAUGAUAUUCACAUUAGCGUUAAUAAUAGCCAUAAUCAUGUAAUAGCUACAUUGGUGUAUAUUCCUCCAGUUCCUAUUAUAGUUCUUGUUUAGUUCUUGUUUAGUUCCUGUUUUGGUUUUGUGCGUUGAAGUUGCACUGCAGCAGGCUUGUACAUAUGCCCCCCCCCCCGCUCUGCUUCAGGGAUGUGCAGGGGCAGCCAGGCUGUGUGUGUGUGUGGGGGGGGGGGCUCUGCUUCAGGGAUGUGCAGGGGCAGCCAGGCUGUGUGUGUGUGUGUAUGUGUGUGUGUGCGUGUGUGUGGCAGGGAUGUGCAGGGGCAGCCAGGCUGUGUGUGGAGGGCUCCAGGCACCCCGUCAUGUGAUGGUGUAAUGAGGCGGGUGUAGUGAGGAGAGGGGGGGCUGACCAUUUGUUCCUCUCACACACACCCUCCGCUAGGUCAUGACCUCAGUCAGGGAUUGGGUGACCUUUGUGUGACCUCCUGGUGGGGAGUGUGUGUGUGUGUGUGUGUGUGGGUUCGGGUCCAGAGGCGGUGAGCUUUGAGGAGAAGCACAGCCCAUCAGGGAGACAGGACGCGGACACCCACUAUCAGAUUAAUGGUACCAACCCAGGAGCAGGAAGAGUGGACCUUUGGGUUGGGUUCUGUGUGAGUGGACCUUUGGGCUGGGUUCUGUGUGAGUGGAUCCUUGGGCUGGGUUCUGUGUGAGAGGAUCUUUGGGCUGGGUUCUGAAGAGUGGAUCUUUUAGGCUGGGUUCGGCCUGUGUGUUAGCGAUCUUACUGUGAAUGCGGCCCCUGAGACAGGUUCUAAGCGGCCCCUGAGACUGGGGUUCUAAGCGGCCCCUGAGACUGGGGUUCUAAGCAGCCCCUGAGACUGUGGUUCUAAGCAGCUUCAAGCUCUACGUCUCUUUACUACUGAAUAGAGGGUGAACCAGGACGAGCUUCUGUUUUUUAGUAUUCUUUUUUCAGCUUGGUUCUCCUCUUGUAUGUAUUUAUUUUGUAAACAAAUGCAGUUGUUUUAAACAGUGCAAUGCUAAUAUCGUUCUGUAAUUUGUAUUAAUUCUUGUUUUUGAUGAUGAGCACAGAUUCUGUUGUUAAUGUGUUUUUGGGUUUGACGUUCAGCCCAUAUCUGACAGCGGGAUCUGGGACAGACAUGAGUCUGAUCUAGCUCACAUCUAGCUCACAUCUGGCUCACAUCUGGCUCUGAUCUGGCUCACGGCUGGCUCUGAUCUGGCUGUCAUGUGGGGAAUGGUGAGAAGCCUUUCAGUCGUAGGGAACACAUAUCAGUGGUCUUGAGACUGCAGCAUAUUCAACCUGAUUCUGUUUGAUCAACUUCACAGGUGUAAAUAACUGAACCGUUUUAGCCCUGUGCAUUCUACUGUUCUUCUGUCCACAUUUCAGGAACAUCUUAAAAAAGAUCAUCAAAAUAGUUUUAUUUUACACAAAUAUCCCCUAAAACGCACCUGGUCAUCUUGGUGACAUUUAUCUCAUUCAACAUGAAGUAAAAACCAACCAAAGCAGAAUUUGAUACCUAACUUCAAAUCAGGAGACAGAGAGGCACAAGAUGGAAUGUGUCCGUUACUAGGACAACCAAUAACAUGAGAAGCACAACUGAAGUUUGACUUAAUACAUUUAUAUUUGCAUUUAAUAUGUGUACUACACCCUGUCGGAAAGCCAUAGCGAUAGACAAAGCAAAUUAAUGUAUUUAAUUAAGGCUUUUUAUCAUAUUUUUGCUGUAUUAUAAUAAAAAUAGUAUUUUUGGAUUGGCAGGCAGUAAAUGUUUUAAGUUAUGACUAAACUAGAGAGAGGCCUUUAUUCAGAGUAUUGCUUUUCUGCACAGUUAAGUUAUGGGUGCCUGUCACCCUGCGAAGCGGAGCUUCCUUCCUGGAGUUUCAGCAGUUGUGUGUGUGCGUGUGUGUGUGUGUGUGUGCGUGCGUGCGUGCGUGCGUGCGUGUGUGCGUGCUUGGUUUUUAGUGUUUUUAUCCUGCUGUGUGAGGAGGCGAUCCCACUCCACCGAGUCGAGGCCUCUGCCCUCCAUGCACGGGCUUCGGAAAAGUUACCAGUGUUUCGGAAGCGCCCGAUUGCCUUUUGCUCAGCUAUACAAACGCUCACUGCUUCUGUUGUGCAUCUGAAUCCUACACAGAUGAUGUCUUUCAGUUGUAAAAUAUGAAUAUGCGAUAUUGUCGAGUUUGUUUUGUUCCCUUUAUGCAUUCUCAUGGCAGACUGCAGGGUAUUUGAGAUGGGGUAUUUGACUGCAGGGUAUUUGAGAUGGGGUAUUUGACUGCAGGGUAUUUUGAGAUGGGGGGAGAUUGAGUCACACACUGAUACAAAUGUUGGAUAUAGGACUCAAGUGAAAGCUAAUUAUGUUCUUGUUUUAGGCUUAUGAGCUUCUGUACGCAUCAUUUUCCUUACUUGUUUUUGAGAUUUACAGUAUUCUCUCUGUUCAUUGAAAGUGGCAAUAAAGUUUAUUUUUGCAUAAUUAUAAAA